CCCUCUCGAGCAGCCAGUUUGCCGGCUGAUGCAAUGCUUUAUAAAGCGUGAGUCCAUCCCUCGCUUUAUUAGAGCACUUGUCCUUUUUCUGUGCACGUCGUAUUUCGGGGGGGUAAUUUUGGUCGGCUUUUGACCCAAGAGAACCUCACUUUUACAGACUGUGUUUUCCCAUCGUAAAUAUUUAAAUAUUUGUUGUCUAUCACAUUUUGUAAUUAUAGUCUCCCAUUUUUUGUUAAUUAAUUUAUUUCCAAGGAUCAGACAGCUCUUUUUCUGUGAUCAUUGCGAUCAGAUCCAGCGGAUUUUUUUUUUGAAAGGAUUUUACAGCCACAUUUGCUCAUAAGCAUGAAACAAACCGAGAUGAGCCGUUUGUCUCGUGAAGACGACAACAGCAGCACCAACAGCAACGAGUACAACUACCCAGACUGCCCGAGGAAGGUCCCACUGAAUGAGCCAUAUGCGGAUUUAGAUCCAGAGAGUGAAAACUUCCUCCCGGAUAAAAACCCUGGCAAGAAGAAGUAUGAGACAGAAUAUCACCAAGGUAAUGCCUCCUUUGGCAUGUCUGUCUUCAACCUGGGCAACGCUAUAAUGGGAAGUGGCAUCUUGGGUCUGUCCUACGCCAUGGCCAACACUGGCAUAGCGCUAUUUGUCAUCCUCCUCGUGGCUGUUGCCAUCUGCUCUUUGUAUUCGGUGCAUUUGCUGCUGAAGACAGCCAAUGAAGGAGGUGCGUUGGUGUACGAGCAGUUGGGCCACAAAGCCUUCGGGAUGCCCGGGAAGCUGGCUGCUUCCUGCUCCAUUACCAUGCAGAACAUCGGAGCCAUGUCAAGCUACCUCUACAUCGUCAAGUACGAGCUGCCCAUUGUCAUUGAAGCUUUUACGGGAAGCAAUGAUGAAUGGUACACUAACGGAGACUACCUGGUAUUGCUUGUGUCACUCUUCAUUAUUCUGCCCCUCUCGCUGCUCAGAAACUUAGGUUACCUUGGCUACACCAGCGGCCUGUCGCUCCUCUGCAUGGUCUUCUUUCUCAUUGUGGUGAUCAUCAAGAAGUUCCAGAUCCCGUGCCCGCUUCCUGGAGCUCACCACGCUGAGAACGAGACAGUCAGUAAACUUCUCAACGCCACUGUGUCCCCCAACAACACUACCGCCGUGGACUACAGUGAGGCCUGCACGCCCAAGUACUUUGUCUUCAACUCUCAGACUGUCUACGCUGUUCCCAUCCUGACCUUCGCCUUCGUGUGCCACCCGGCUAUCCUGCCCAUGUAUGAGGAGCUAAAAGACCGUUCCCACAGAAGGAUGCAAGGAGUUGCCAAUGUGUCCUUCUUGGCUAUGUUCAUCAUGUACCUCUUGGCAGCCCUCUUUGGAUACCUGACCUUCAACAUCCACGUGGAGCCCGAGCUGCUGCACACCUAUUCAAAGGUCUACAACUUUGACGUGCUCCUGCUGAUUGUUCGCUUGGCUGUCCUCACCGCCGUCACCCUCACUGUACCCGUGGUCCUCUUCCCUAUCCGUACCUCCAUCAAUCAGUUCCUGUGCGCAUCUAAGUUCAGCUGGAUCCGCCAUACCAUCAUAACCAUGGUCCUGCUGAUCGGCACUAACAUCUUGGUUAUCUUCGUGCCCACCAUUAGGGAUAUUUUCGGCUUUAUCGGUGCAUCUGCCGCCGCCAUGCUCAUCUUCAUCUUGCCCUCGGCUUUCUACAUCAAACUAGUCAAGAAGGAGUCUAUGAGAUCCGUGCAAAAGAUCGGGGCCACCGCCUUCCUGCUGUGUGGUUUUGUGGUCAUGAUCGGCAGCAUGAGCCUCAUCAUCCUCGACUGGGUCCACAACGCCACUAAGGAAGAGCACCCCGACGGACACUGAAGAAUCGAGGUCACUAAACUAACGAAGAUCAAAAUUUGAAACAGACUUUCGAUGCUUGGCUUUGACUGAGAAACAGACGCCAUUCCAAGAGAAUGUAUACCCGGAUUUGUACAGUUUUUGUUCCCCUCCUUGCUUUUUUUUUUUUUUUAAAACAUAUAACUUUGUCUUUUACUGUUAAUAUUUUUGUUCUGGUACAGCUGAUUUUUUUUUUUUUAACAUGCCUCAAUGCAAUUAGUUUGAGGUCAUUGGGAGAACUGAAAACAAACUAAAAAAAAAAACAAUUAGCAGCUGACACUCAGGUACGGUUUUCUUUUUUUGCUCGAGUGCGGCUGCGACUUCACGCGACAAGUCCUGCUGACAAAACGGUGCGAACCAGACUCGUUGGAACUUUAUUGUUGCCAAGCGUAGACCCCCCCCCACUUCCGUUAAGCGUGUUUGCAUACUGUACUGAAAAGCACUUAUUGUCCAGCACACUGUCGGAAAACCCAGACUUGUUUCCAUACACGAACGAGGGCCUUUGACCUUUCCUUGCACACAAAAACAGCAAAAGACAACAAAACCUGCCUUUUUAUAGCAUAACAACACUGGGAGCUGCAGAGCAACUCACUGAACUGAAAAAAAACCUCCUCUUUAAAAACCUGCUGGUGUUGGAGUAUUCCACACAUGUCUGAGGAGAGGAGGUCAAAACUAAUAUUUUUUUCUUUCUGGGGAAUACUUGGAAUUUGACCACGUACAGUGGUCGUAAAAACGGCUGUCAAACUUGCAAAAGAAAAAUAUUACGCCGGCAAGCAAACAUACUACAAAAAAAAAAAAAAGUCUCGGCAGCGCUUCCGAAACUUACUCAACAACAAACCGUUGCUGUCCAACAUCUAUUUAUGGAAGACAGUGAAAUCAAUGUAAUUUUAACUAUUUUACUAUAUUUAUAUGAUAUUGUAUCUGUAUAUAUAUGUACAUAUAUCUAUUGAGUUCAACUGUAUGUAUAUAAGUCCCUCACACCCUCUUUUUUUUUUUAACGAUGCAUUGGAGCUGUCAAACAACAAAACCCACGCUGAGAAAUUUGUCAUGAAUUUCUCCAGCACACACAAAGCUUCAACUGUUCAUCCAUCUAAACUGACUGAAAAUGUCCCACUGUUGAUUUUGUGGAAAUUCUGUUACAUGUCGAGGCCACUGAGAAAGUAAAAGCCGCCUUGUGCCCCUUUCUGACCCCUCCACCCCACGCUACCCCCAAGUCCUCCCCGGUUGGAGUCUUGUCAACCAUCUGUGGGCCUCAGGGGCAAAGAGGGCUUUGCCCACCAGUGUUACAUUCUUGUUUCAAUGAAACACCGUGUAUAUCCUGUAAUUAAUGUCCAAUUAAAUUCAAAAUUACUCUA